GUUCUGACGUUAGCUAUAGAGGUUCUUUCACAACUUAAUACCUAUUUUUUGUGGUAUUAUUAUUGAUUAUAUGGACGUAUUAAAUAUGAAAAUAAAUUUGUUGAAACCCUAAAAUUUUUUUGAAAUAUCUAAAUCGAUUUUUCGAAAAUACUUGUGUAUGCGUGUCUGAUAAUUUCAUUAAAUAAAAAACAAUCCAUAUUCCCCUUCCACGUGUUUAGAUAAGUUAGAAACUACUUUUUAACAUAAACAAGCUAUUUUGACCUCUGACGUGCAGUCUUUUAUUUAUAUUGUUUUGUUUUGAACAAGUAAAAUAGAUCCGAUUAAUCCGUUUGUCGUUUUAGAACUUGAACCGUAGAAAUCAAUUUACAAUUUUAAUUUGACCAUUUAUUGAACUUCAUUAAACAGGAUAGUAGAUCGAAGCUGUUACGGGGAUUGUCUGCUCGAUACACCAGAGUCAUCAGACAUGUCUUAAAAGACGUAUUUUUGGCCCCUGAAUCGAUUGGGGAUAGUGGGAAGUGUUAAAAAUGGGGUUAACCCGGUUUUAUUUUGAAAAAACCGAUUUUUUGCCCCAAAAAUGGCCAUUUUUUGAGGUUUUUUAGAAAUUUCGACAGGUUAAUUCAAUAGAAAAGCUUGCAUAUUUUGGUUUCUUGUACAUUUUCAUUUGCCGCACUAGCUAAUAUCAAUAUAAUAAGCACGCACAAGAGUUAACCCGGUCAAAAUAAAAAACCUCCAAAAAAAUGUUUUUUUGCGCGCUAAAUUUUUUCGGCUCUUUAUACAUCCACAAUGAAAUAUUUUUGCCCACAAAGUGUUUUAAUACUGUUCAAUAAUACUAUUGAUAGUUUUUCAGCGUCAAAACAAGUUUUGAAAGCGGAAGAAAAAAUUAUAUUUUUCGUGGUGCUGAGCACUUUGAAAAUUGUUGAAUAAAAUCGAGCGCUACCGUAAAAUUUUAGUAACCCUUCCCUGAAACUCAUUUAAGUUUUUGUACCGUUAGUGUUUUGUCCUUUUCUGAAGUUCAUGCCUUCUCUGGCUUAAUUUCAUUUAAUAUUGUUUAAUACAGUACAGUAAAGUGUUUUAUAAUAGUAGAGUGCCAUUUCUAAUACUUCAAUGUUACAUUGUUGAGAUACCUUUACUUGGCUGAUUACUUUUUGUUAAUACAAUUUCUCCAAUUUAGUAUUGCAUUGCUUAUAUGUUCAAUGAGACAGCUUCGUAAUAUUUUAUACGUAAAAAUGAAACUGCAUUACUUAUUACAUAAAUUAUGUAUCAUCGUAUUAGUGUUCCAUUAAUUGUACAAUUUGUCAUGUUUUUUUUUUCAAUGUGAUCUUCGAUUUUAGAAUCUUUACGGUGUCUUUUCUUAUAAUUUGCUAUCAUUUUUUAGCUUUUGAAAAUUGAAAAUGUUUCAAUAUUACCAAUAAUUCAAUAUUACCAAUAAUUUUAACUUUUAAAAAUUGAAAAUGUUUCAAUAUUACCAAUAAUUACAGAACAUUUCAUUAUUUUAACAUCGUUCAUAAGUUUUUGAUAACUAAUUGUUUUGUAUCGAUAAAUUAUGUAAAUGUGUUGCUUUUAUCCUAGAAUGGUGUUUAGAUCAAGUUAAAUUAAUUAAAAUGUAAUUAAAAUGUUAAUUAGAUUAAAAUUUUGUGUGAUAAUGUUGAAGAAAAAUUUGAUUUACUUUCAUUGAAAAUUAUUUUGAAAUCUUUCUAAGGUGACAAAAUUUGCCUUUUAUUUCGAUUUCCGACAUAUUUUAACAUAUUUCAGCAUAUUCAACACAUUUAACAUAAACUUCAGGACACAUUUUAACAUAUUUCAGCAUAUUCAACACAUUUUACAUAAACCUCAGGACGUGAUAACAGAGAAAUGUGACUUAGAACAGAUAGUGUUCGUAGCUCUUAUCGGUAAAGAUGUGGCCGCUACAGCUGGGCGCGAGAUACACGCUUUCGUUCAUUUCUGUGACACGUUGGGAAUAGAGGUACCAGAGAAUGAGACAGGUCAGCUGGAACUGUUGGGAGUUAAACUCAUCAGUAAACUUAACUCCUUCCAAGCUAGAGAAGUUACUCAGUACGAAGUGGGUGAUCCACAUUGGAAGAGUGACAUUCAGUUCCUUCAGACAGUGCCCAUAAUCUCUCUGCUGUUCCGAGGAAUCAACGCUUUCCAAAUUAUCAAACAGCUCCUCUCCCGCUCCACCACGUGCACUACUCCCAGCAUCAGAUCACGUGACGAUACGCCUGCACGUGGGCGUGGAUCACGUGACCAUUGCAGCAGUAUCAUGUCAGAGACACCAGAACAUGCGUACAAGCUAGCCAGUCUGCUGUUCUUUGAGAAGGAACUGUACAGUGACGAGAUCAUGAGGCCUAAACAAUUACAUCUACCCCCACCCAGGACUCAUGUUAAUAGUAUCAUCAGCAAGGAGGGAAGACACCACUUAUCAGACCUACCUGACAGACUAGUCUACCAAUCAGAGGGGAUACUGAAGAGUAUGUUAGCUCCUCCCAGGCUACUCGCCUCUAUCUUAGUGACGUCACAAGUUAAUCAUUUUGGCAAGAUACUCAAGAGGUUGGAACAAGAAGAGUUUACAGUAGUAGGAGUACACCUAACACGUGACACGGACAGCAUUGUGUUCUGUGUACAAGCAGAGAACUGUAUCUACAAGCUGCUACAGCUGGUUGGACCUAGAGAUCUUAAGGAGGCUAAAUCUUCCCAUCAGUUCUCGUUGAGGGCUUCUUUUGCUACACACUCCGACUCUUUUUAUGCGUCCCCGACUUAUAAUGACAGUGUCACUGAUGUAAAGAGAUAUUUCCCUGAUGGACUGUGUUGUGCCAACACUCUUGAUAUGCAGGCUGAGGGGAUUCCUCACUCCUACAUAGACGAGUUGGUGAAUACAGCGAGCGCUAGGAGAUACGUAUCCAGAUCAUAUCCCUUGAAGCCUCUCCUCCAGACGGUGUGUGUUGUGUUUCCUCCUGAUUUACUGAGACCCGCCAAACACAUGCGCCUAUCACCUGCUAGUCAACUCAUCACGAUGAUACAGAGUUGUCAGUUUGAGAUAGUGAAUGUGCGGCUGUUAACAAUACCCACACUCCAGAUACAACCCUUCAGAACUCUCUUUAAAGUACACUACGAGUUGAGUCAGACUUUCGUUAACAGACCCUGUCUUUUAUUGGUGCUUCAAAGAGAAAACGCAGCCUCCUGCUUUUCACAAAUCUUGCAAGGAUAUUCGAACACCAACAACAGGAAACUUUUAGACUCGUACGAUCACAUGAUGCUGACGUCAACCAAUAAACAAACGUGCGAAAAUCAAAUCAAGUUCUUCUUCGACUUUUUACCUGACCGCUGUAAAGACCAAAUGGAGAUACAGUGAUGAAGAACUUCAAGAAUGUUGUUCGAUGAACAAUAUAGCGGCAACUUAUUGAUAGCUGACGAGCUUUGAAUAUUUGCCAAUCAGUGCGUUUGAAUACUGGUGGGGAUUUGAAUUAUAUUUUCUUGGACACAUUUCAUGACCACGAUUUAACUUUCACCCAAGACCACUGAUUUGUGUCAAAACAAUUAAUAUAGUUUGACUAGUUACCAAUAUUUAGAUGUAUGAUCGACUGAGCGCUCUUUCCUUGAUAUUAUGGAGAAUCAUUCGCCUUAAAUUUCUUAGUGUUUCAGGGGCCUCAGUUCCAAAUGAACAAAAAUGGUGUUAGUUGGCCCCGAAACCUGAUCGUAUAUAUUUAAAUUUUUGGAGCAUUGUUUAAGCUCAUCGAUCCUGAGACCUCGCAAGUGACCUACACUCGUAAUUCGUAUAUUCCUAGUUUUCUACAUUUUAUAGCUGUCUACGUGUAUAGAUUGUAGUAUUAUAUUUAGCUCAGUGCCAGUUUGUAACUUAUAUAAAUUUGUACAGAUGUUUGUAGAAACUUUUAUAUAUGAAAAUGUCGUUAACUAUUUAUUUUCAAUUUAUAAAGAC